UUGCUCCGACAGGAUGGAGGUCCCGCGUGCUGCUGCCUGCCCUGAAAUGCACUGAAAUAAAGGCUCCUCCUCAGCGCUUUCACUGCCAGUGCGCCUUCUUUUCUCCAUCCUCUCUCCCUCUCUGGACUCUCUCAAUUUUUGUCUGUUUAUUUUCAUCUUAUUUAUUGUUAAUAUUGAUUUCCCAGCCUGACUUCCCCUACGGUGUGUUGCUUUUACAGGAGAGAAAGGCUUCCAGGGAUGGAGUCGAUGCCCGGACAGCUUCGAGACGCGGGACGAGACGCUAGCUCUUCCCCGAGUUUAAAGCAGGGCGCGCAGAGCUUUUCCAGCCCCGGCUCUCUCAAACCGAACCAAGUGAGUGAGACAUCCCUGUACGGGGUGCCCAUCGUGUCUCUUGUCAUAGACGGCAAGGAGAGACUGUGUCUGGCGCAGAUUUCCAACACCUUGCUGAAAAACUACAGCUACAACGAGAUACACAACCGCCGGGUGGCUCUGGGCAUCACCUGUGUGCAGUGCACGCCGGUGCAGCUGGAACUCCUGCGCCGGGCCGGGGCUAUGCCCAUUUCCUCCAGGCGCUGCGGCAUGAUCACCAAAAGGGAGGCCGAGAGGCUCUGCAAGUCCUUCCUGGGAGCGCACAGCCCGCCAAAGCUACCAGAAAAUUUUGCAUUUGACGUGUCUCACGAGUGCGCAUGGGGCUGCAGGGGCAGCUUUAUACCCGCGAGAUACAACAGCUCCAGAGCGAAAUGCAUCAAGUGCAGCUUUUGCAACAUGUAUUUCUCUCCCAAUAAAUUCAUUUUCCACUCCCACCGCACCCCAGAGUCCAAGUAUCUGCAGCCGGAUGCGGCCAACUUCAAUUCGUGGAGACGCCAUUUGAAACUGACGGAAAAAAAAUCCAAUGAUGAUAUUUGCCACGCGUGGGAGGAUGUGAAGGCCAUGUUCAACGGGGGGAGCAGAAAGAGGACUCUGCCCAUGAGCGGCUCGGGGAUGUCCUCGCCCAUGAAAUCACAGGCCUCGUCCAGCCUGGUUCAAAGCAGCUCCCCGGAGAUCCCCCACAAAACAUUGCGCUGCGACGAGGAUCAGGGGAGCAACAACCUGAGUCUGGCGAGGGGCGAACGGAGUUACCCGGUCAUCCCGGUGCCCAGCAAGAGCUUUGGCAUGCUUCAGAAAAUCCCCCCACCUCUGUUCCCUCACCACCCCUACGGCUUCCCUAGUUAUGGGCUGUGUCAGAAAAAGAGCGACGGGGUGCCUGACGUGAACAAAAACAACAUCCCCGGUGUGUUUUGGCCCGGCACAAAGGAUCCGAUCUACCCGGCCUUCCCCAUGUUUUGGCCUGCAGCUGGAGGCCUACCGAUGCCGCCCUACCCGGGCUCCCCACCCAAACCUCCCCCAGAGCUGCUAAGCGUCCGGCCGGCCGAACUCGACCUGUCGGACCAGAGCGAGAGGGGCGCAAACACACCAAAAGACACCAACCACCACCCUCACCACCAGCAGGACGGCGGAGAGCGCUGCCCCAGCUCCCAGUCCUCCUCCACCCGGAACGACGAGGACAAGUCCGGGGACGAGACCUCUCAGAGGAAAAUCAGCUAUAUCUCCGCCUUUAGACCCGUCGUCAAAGACGCAGAGACCAUUGCCAAACUGUACGGCAACCGGGACUCCUACGGGAUACGCCCCGGCUACCUGUCCCCGGAUUUUAUCAGCGAGAGCUCCAGCUACAGAUCGAUAUCACCGGACAGAGACAGCGUGGUGGACGACGACGACGACGACGACCUGGACGUGGACGUGGAGUCCAACCGGGGACAAGGCGAAGAGGAGCCGAUCCGGAUAUCACCGGGAGGAGACCCCCGCGACUCCCCUGUACCGGAGCGGGUGUGCUCGGGUGCUGAGGAGAGUCAGGAGCAGGCCGAUGCAGCCUCAAGCCCCGAGGCGGUCGCAGCAUCACCGGAGGAUUCCGCUCACACUGGGUCAUCGGAUGAGGACAGACAGAUGCGUAAUGGCUCCCCUCUUCAUGAAGUGUAUGCUCAUGAAAAGGACGGCCAUGUGCUUCUGAACGAGCCUUCCACGUUUGGGUCCAAACAAUCGAGCAGCCCCCGCAGAUCCAACGGUGUUCACCACGUGUCUGAAAUACAGACCCAGCGCACUGCAACGUCCUACCAGGAGCAGGACAGACAAGCCGAUGGAGCUUUACGCAUUGACAUCAGCGUGCACGAAAGAGACCUGCAGAACAUGGCUAAAGGUAGGAGGCCCUUUUCAAGCCCAAAUAUGGAUUAGAAUUGAGAAGGAGGUGAUAUAAAGUGCCAGUAAUUGUUAUUCCAUUUUUUUUUUUAUUUGAGUACACACAGGGUGUGUUAAAAGCUGUGCUGGUCACUGCAUCUA